AAUGGAAGGAGCCCGAGCCCGCCGAGCGCAGCCGACUCUCGGGGAGGAGCGUUCGGCCGGCGGGGCGCGGCACGGCGCGGGGCGCAGCAGGCACCAUGGCCCGGAGCAGGGCGCUGCUGUUCCUGCUGCUGUUGCCGCCACAGCUGCACCUAGGACCUGUGCUUGCAGUGAGGGCCCCGCUGUUUAGCCGAAGUGGCGGCCAUAGCCUGAGCCCUGAAGAGAAUGAAUUUGUGGAGGAGGAGCCGGUGCUGGUCCUGAGCCCUGAGGAGCCAGCGCCUGGCCCAGCCACAGUUGACUGCCCCCGAGACUGUGCCUGUUCCCAGGAGGGUGUUGUGGACUGUGGCGGCAUUGACCUGCGUGAGUUCCCAGGGGACCUGCCUGAGCACACCAACCACCUGUCUCUGCAGAACAACCAGCUGGAGAAAAUCUACCCCGAGGAGCUCUCUCGGCUGCACCGGCUGGAGACGCUGAACCUCCAGAACAACCGCCUGACUUCCCGAGGGCUCCCAGAGGAGGCAUUUGAACAUCUGAACAACCUCAAUUACCUGUACCUGGCCAACAACAAGCUGACCUUGGCACCCCGAUUCCUGCCAAACGCCCUGAUCAGCGUGGACUUCGCUGCCAACUAUCUCACCAAGAUCUACGGGCUCACCUUUGGCCAAAAGCCAAACUUGAGGUCUGUGUACCUGCAUAACAACAAGCUGGCGGAUGCCGGGCUGCCGGACAACAUGUUCAAUGGCUCCAGCAACGUCGAGAUCCUCAUCCUGUCCAGCAACUUCCUGCGCCAUGUGCCCAAGCACCUGCCGCCUGCCCUGUACAAGCUGCACCUCAAGAACAACAAGCUGGAGAAGAUCCCACCAGGGGCCUUCAGCGAGCUGAGCAACCUGCGCGAGCUGUACCUGCAGAACAACUACCUGACUGACGAGGGCCUGGACAAUGAGACCUUCUGGAAGCUCUCCAGCCUGGAGUACCUGGAUCUGUCCAGCAACAACCUGACGCGGGUCCCGGCAGGGCUGCCACGCAGCCUGGUGCUGCUGCACCUGGAGAAGAACGCCAUCCAGCGCGUGGACGCCGACGUGCUGACGCCCAUCCGCAGCCUGGAGUACCUGCUGCUGCACAGCAACCAGCUGCGCGCGCACGGCAUCCACCCGCGGGCCUUCCAGGGCCUCAAGCGGCUGCACACGGUGCACCUGUACAACAACGCGCUGGAGUGCGUGCCCAGCGGCCUGCCCCGCCGCGUGCGCACCCUCAUGAUCCUGCACAACCAGAUCACCGGCAUCGGCCGCGACGACUUCGCCACCACCUACUUCCUGGAGGAGCUCAACCUCAGCUACAACCGCAUCACCAGCCAGCAGAUGCACCGCGACGCCUUCCGCAAGCUGCGCCUGCUGCGCUCGCUGGACCUGUCCGGCAACCGGCUCCACGCGCUGCAGCCCGGGCUGCCCCGCAACGUGCACGUGCUGAAGGUCAAGCGCAACGAGCUGGCUGCCCUGGCGCGCGGGGCGCUGGCGGGCAUGGCCCAGCUGCGUGAGCUCUACCUCACCGGCAACCGACUGCGCAGCCGGGCCCUCGGCCCCCGCGCCUGGGUGGACCUCGCUGGCCUGCAGUUGCUGGACAUUGCUGGGAACCAGCUUACAGAGAUCCCCGAGGGGCUCCCCGAGUCACUCGAGUACCUGUACCUGCAGAACAACAAGAUUAGCACCGUGCCUGCCAAUGCCUUUGACUCUACACCCAACCUCAAGGGCAUCUUUCUCAGGUUUAACAAGCUGGCCGUGGGCUCUGUGGUGGACAGCGCCUUCCGGAGGCUGAAGCACCUGCAGGUCUUAGACAUUGAAGGCAACUUUGAGUUUGGUGACGUUUCCAAGGACCGUGGCCGCUUGGAGGAGGAAGAAGAAGAGGAUGAGGAGGAUGAGGAGGAAGAGGAAACGAGAUAGUGGCAAGGUGACACAGAUCUGACCUAGGACAGUGGACCACCGGACUCCUUUCUGCAGCACACGCCUGUGCCCUGUGAACCCCCAUCCUGCCACACUCAUGGUCACACCCAGCGCUGCACCCAUGGGGCAUCCCACACAACACAGCCUGAGCACAGCCAGACACGUGUAGAAAGCACGUCACACACACCCAGCUCAGCCACACACAGCCAGUUCCACACCCCCCUCCAGACCAUCACACUCUCCACCCACACCCACACCCCUGCCGUGCUCUCUGAGUCAGCAGACUCGGGAGGGUCUGACCCUGCCCUGCACACACGGGCUCCUGCUACCUUCCCUGCUGACACGUGUACUCGUGUGUCCAUGUGUGUACACACACACAUACACAGUCGUGUGCAGACAGCCCUCCAGGGCCUAUGCCACCAACAGCUCUUGCCCCCAGUGGGAACUGGCCAGAGCAGCUCGCCGUCUGCCCAGUGCAUCUGUCCGUCCGUCCCCUGGAGAAGACACAGAGUUAUCUCUGUGCUCUGGCCAGGUGCCUGCUACCCUCUGGAACUCACAAAAACUGGCUUUUGUUCCUUUGCCUCCCUUUGGGGGCAGGAACCUUCAGGACUACUGCCCUGGCCCGGCCACCCUGUACUCCCAGGUGCUGGGGCAGUCAGUUUGCUGAGAGCCCCUCCCUGCCACGCGCUGGUAGGCCAAAGGCACUUUCUAACGGGCGAGCCCCACCAAGGCUGGACUGGAGAGUCUCCGGGUGCUGCUGGGGCCUUGGGCAGGAGUGAGGCAGAGGCCGUGUGCUGGGCCGGGCCAGGCAGGAAGGGCCCA